AUUUUUAUAGUAGUGAGUUAAAACUACCCAUGUUGAUAUGAUUAUAUGUACUGAAUAGUUACAAAUUUAAAUUGAAUAGUUACAAUUUUAUUUACUCUAGUAAUGGAAGAUGGCUUCCAAACACAAAAAGCACAGGGCUAUGGGCGACGAGGAGUGGAUGUCACGCCUGCGAAAGUUUGCUGCUGUAGGGGUCUGGCCUUCUGAGGCAGGAAACAGGCCGGCACUCCGCCAGAGAAAGUGGCAUGACAUGUACCUGAAGGUAAAUUUAGAUAAAGUGAUGUGUGUACAAUCAUACAACAUAAAGCUAUGUCAUAUUGAAAGGGGUCACAUUUUCAUGAUUCACUGUCAACCAAUAUUACAGAUUGUAAAAUGUCCAGUGCAGUUGAGGGGACAAUUGUCUUUGUUUGGAGAGACACAGACAUGUAGUUGUGGAUUCCAUACAACAAAGGUAUCAAAAAUCUUUUCCUAAAAUUAUGAAGUGUGAGUUUUAUAGUCUAUUAUUAAAUUAAAUUUUCUUUUCUCUUAAUCUGUAGACUUCCAUGUCAGUAUCUUCUUCAAUGUCACCAGGUCCCUCAUCUGCAUCACUUGUUGCAUCAUCUGCCACAGCAACACCUGGGCAGACAGCAACACCUGGGCAGACAGCAACAACUGGGCAGACAGCAACACCUGGGCAGACAGCAACAACUGGGCAGACAGCAACACCUGGGCAGACAGCAACAACUGGACGACUCACACCCCGCAAGCCAACUUUGACUAUGGCAUCAUUUAUAAAGCCGCGGUUCGGUGGGUCUCAGGGUGCCGCUUUAACGCCAAACUUAAAUUUGGGCAGGAAGCCUGCAACCAAGCCCAUCAGUUGCACUUCCGAUUCUUCUGCCAUGUCCAGCACUAUCACAAGUGCCAUGACAAGGAGGACACCAUCGCCUGCUCGCAGUCCCAGGAAGUACAUUCAGACUGUCUCGACUCUGUCUCUUCCUCCCUCUCCUGUGUCCACAACCACCUCCUCGAUACCAUCAGUAGCUGCUAGAGCUGAAGUGUCAGCUGCCGCCUCCUCCUCUGGUACCUCCUCUGCUCCUCUUGCCCCUGUGACCUCUGCAUCUGCCACUGCCACCUCUUUUUUUGUCACCUCUGCUUCUCCAUCUGUGGUUGGUCGCUCAGCUCACCCUACUGCUGACAUGGAGAUUGCUCCUGGUUCAGAGCCCGGCUGGCUGCCUGCAAAGCUGAUGGGGACCAUACCACCUCAGGAUCAGAAGUGGAUUUCAUCUGCUCUGUGGAAGAACAAGCGGCUGCGCACUGACCUGAAGCUGUGGUAUGAUCCACCAGAUCCAGCGCUCAUUUAUCAUCAGGCCCCCGCUCCAGAGCGUUUUUUUACACACCGGCUUCUCUUGUGGAUGCCAUACCACCUUUGGUGGGUCAGGCUGUCCUGUCCUGUCCUGUGUGUGGAAAACAGCUCACAGGUUAUGGAGCCCACAAGCGAGCCCGCCAUGUUUUGGAUGUGGAUAGGUACUACAUGAUGAUCACGGAGACUCUCUGGUGCAGUUCAGCUGGUUGUAAAACUAGUUACAUUUCCACCAGCAAGACCAUCUUGGACCAGCUGGAUUUGGCACACAGAAUGGAGUUCUGACUGAUCCUGACACGAAGAUAUGCCUGUGACAUACGGGUGAUUCGUUUUCUGAGGGAGAGGACCUUGGGUAAUAGCCCCAGUCGCUUGGUCAGGCAGCUGAGGGAAAAUCACAGCGAGGAGUGGCUUAAGCGUGUUUGUCGCUACCUUGGAGCAUGCUCAGACUUCGCUGUCCAGCCAAGCCUGCACCCUGUCAAGUUCCAGGACCCUCCUAAGCCAGUGGCUGUUCCUUCCCACCUGUGGAUGCUUGCUGUUUAUGGCCGAGACAUCUUAAGCAGAAUGGAUCAAAUAAAAGCCAGCAUAACAUCCACCUUUGGCAAUAUAUUAAAAAUGGAUUCCACAAAAAAGAUCACCAAGAAGCUAUCAGGCUUUGCCAAGGGGACCGCCUUGUGGCUUACAUCUGUGAGCAAUGAGCUGGGCCAAAUCCUCGUCAGUGUCCUGACUGCUCAGGAGGGUCCUGCUCUUGACACCACGACUGCCGAUCUCAUCUGCAGGUACAGCAAUGCUGGUGUGGCUCCUCCUCAGCUUCUCUAUGUUGACUGUGAAUGUUGUCGGGAGGGCACAGGACAGACAAAACUAAAACAAAGAUUUGGUGGGUGGCCAGACCUGGUUGUAAAGCUUGACAUAUACCACUUCAUGCGGCGACUGGCAUCUGGGUGUACAAAGGAUGCGCAUCCUCUUUACCCCAUCUUUAUGUCCAGACUGUCAAGCUGCAUUUUUGAGUGGGACAGUAGAGAUGUUGCCUUGCUGUGUCAAGCUAAGAGGGAACAAUUGAAACGAGAAGGUGUUCCUGGGAUCACUGAAAAACUAGUGGACCAGCAGAUAACCAAGGAGGAACUGGCAUUGCACUGCAGGAGGCGGACAAGAGGGGAGAGGCAGACGAUCAUAAUGAUUGAACAGCUUCUUAAUGAGCUCAUGGGGGUAAAGGGCAGAGACUAUCUUGGUGUCCCUCUCUUGGACCACGAGAGAAUGCAGCACAUAUGGCAAACCCAGAUGAAGCAUGUGAAAUGCAUUCAGGAUGAACCAGGUGUCCUCCUGUACACUGUAACUGGCACCACUACCAAAGAGGGCAUUGUCUUGCCAAACUACAGAUGUGCAAGAGGGUCCACAUCACUUGAAUCAUUCCACUUGCAUCUGAACAGGUUCAUUCCAGGAACCAGUGCCAACAGCCUGAAUUUCCAGCUGUACCUCCUGGAGGGCCUUUACAGAUGGAACCAGGACCGUGAAGCUGCAUCUCUGGCAGUCAGGGAUCCAUCGCUGCUCAGCUACUCAGGCGACCUUGUUCACUGUGUCAACAACUACAGUGUCAAGGUGCUUGGAAGGAAGCUUGUCCCCUCUUUUCAGCCACCUUCUGUUUACACUGGGGAGCUAAUAGGUGUAGAUUACCUAUACCGCCAGACAGGGAGGGCCUUGCAGGAUGUCCAGCCUGACUCAGAGGAGACUGAGCAGAUGCUGGAAGAUGUAGGCACAGAGGAAGAGUUGGAAGAUGAGGGCUUUGAAGAUUCUGGUUUGGACCCAACGGUUGGGCUACUGGACCCAUCCCCUGGUCCAUCACCUGCCACCACCAGCUCAGCCGUCAUUCCAACUCCCACAUCUGAUAUCACUACAGCUGCACUUGAGCAACAACUGAUUGGGCAUGCUUGUCCCAGCUCUGCUGCUGCUAGUCCCUCUUCACUGCCAUCACCCGUCACCCCUGCAGCACCACAACAGCUGGCUGCAAAUGAGCACACCGCUGCAUCCUCUGACCCAACAGCUGUCCCCACCAGCUUAGCCUCUGCUCCUCCUUACUGUUCCAUCGUCCAAGCCUCUCUUGCCACUACUCCAGCUACAAGUCCCUCUGGGCCACCUGCCAUGACUCCAGCAGCACCACAGCAACAGCUGGCUGUGGAUGAGCGCAACAUCCCAGGGAUGGACAGAGUGGACAGCCUGGCAGAGUAUUUGGUGGGACUGAGGAACAAAACUGGACAAACACUCAACUCCCAGCAGGCCAGUACCAUCAUAGCUCUGUGGCAGAACCUUCUACCAUAUGACCAGCAGCGUGUGGCGUACUCUGCACGGCACCAGUCACGUCUGACAACAGGACGCUUCAGGUGCUCUAAAAAGAAACCUGAAUUUACGCCAGGUGUGGAGAGCAUGACACGUUGCGUGCUAGGAUCGACAGGAUCCCCUGCCCAGUGGCCAGAUUGCUGUCGUCUGGUAGAGUGCAUUUUUGUAAAACUCUGUGAUAUCCAUAAAAGUCCAAAAAAACAGGGUAAAUAUGCACUGACUAGAUGGACUCUAAUUCUCAGAGACUACAGCAAGAUCAGAAAGCUGAUCAUGGGUAAUGGUGCAGUCAUGCAGAGCUCUACUCUGCAGUUGUUUGAUGUUAAUCAAACAACUCUCAUUCAGUGGCACAACAAGCGACUGAAGAGGCAGGAGUGUAAUAUUCUGCUGCAAGGGGUCAACUUGUCUGCCUCCAUUCCUGUUGCUCCAGUACCUCUCCCACCAGUACAGGUACGCCCCACUGCUGCACCACCACGGCCUGGCCCUCAACAUCAGUACCACUUGCCUCAAAGUACAACAGGACAAGCAGUGGACAAGAGGAAGUCUGCAGCUCUGGCCCAACACACCCAUUCUCUGCAGUCCGUCUGCCCAAGGUUGCCAGCUCAGAGGCAGUUGUUCCCUCAGCAGACAUCUCCACCUACCCCUGCCCCUUUGCCUACUGUCUCCAGCCCCAGCCCUGCCAGUCGCCCACUUGUGUAUGUGUUUUUGACCCCACAAGUCAAUGCAUACAAACGGAUUGCUCCUGCUGGCCCCCUUUCCUCUCCACCACCUGCCCGGAGGCCUUACAAUCGGAAAGUUGACAAAAAUAAAUGCAGUCAGUGCCAACAGCCCCGCAACAAAGAAAAUGGCCACGGUCAGUAUUAUGGGUACAUAUACUGUCCCCAAAAUGCUGCUAUUCCUCUUGACCAGUGGAUGGAGGAGAUGCGGAGGAAGAGGGCAGAUAAGAAAUAGAUUUGUUUGUCUUUGUCUCAUACUGUGUAGAUGUGUAGUGGAAAUACUUCAGUCAUGUUCUAUUAGUUUGUUGAUGUAACUGUUCAAUAUUCAUCCCAUAUAACAGGUCUGGCAUUUAAAAAAAAAAAAAUCUGCAUAACAGAAAUAACACACUGUAUAUUACUGAUUUUUAUGGGGGCCUUGCAAGGUGUGUUGAUUUUGUUAUUUGUAUAUAUUUUUUUACCAGCUGACCAGAAUCUUCUACCUUUAUAACUUUGUGUAUUUUGUUUAUUUAUUUUAUAUUUGUAUUUUAUAUAUCAUUCUUACAUUUAUUUGUAUCUGUGAUAUGCUUACUGUGUGUGUGUGUGAGAGAGAGAGAGAAAGAAAGAGAUAAUUAAGAUUUUGUAAUAAAUUUGUA